AAUGCAAAAAAAUUUCUGAAUAAGUCUAAUUCCAGUAAAGGAUAAAUAAAUUGCGAAGCAUUAAAUUUUCCAUAUAUUUUUAGACUAUUUUUGUGACGAUGAAAUUAGGUUUAUUUGACUAAAAUUUUAUAGUCAUAUUAAAGAGUCACAACGUAAAGGGUUUAUUAAUUAUUUAUUUAUUUAUAAUCAAUCUCAAAUUUAACCAAAAGUGAUUACAUUAUAGGUAGAAUUUUCUUUACUUGAGCUAUUAAAGAUGCAUGCUAGUUGUUACUUAAUUACUUUCAUUUUGUCAAUAAAUUCUACUCGAAUGAAAAUGUUGACUUUCAAUUCUCUUUAUGGCGGGUGACGCUUGUGGUUUUGAUUUCUAGCAAAUCACUAGAAAAAAAAAGUAAAUUAUAAAAUUCACAAGAUUAAAUAUACAAAUUAAUCUAAAAAAGAAAAUUGAAGAGUUUUGAACCACUCAAUAUUAAAAUGAAAAUUAAUCUAAAGAUUUAUAGAAUAAAGUAGGAAUGAUAAACCCUUUUAACCAAAAGUUUCGUUUAAAACAAUUGCUUAAGUUUGAAAGGUAGUUGGGUUUACAUUUAAUUAAUGUUUUUUUGGGUGAAACGUUCCAUAUGAGAUCAUAUGCAUUUUGGAUGUAACGGAUGUAACGUGUGUAAAACCACACCACCGAUUCUUCUUCGUACACACCCAAAAGAUGCUUCAAUCCCCACAUUGGGAUUUAGCCUGAACAUUGGCCUUCUAUAAAUCUUCAAUCUCCCACCCUCCUAUGCCGUUUCAUUCCUACCCAUACCUUUUGAAGCUCUUUCCCAUCUGGGUUUCGGCGGCAAUGGACGUUUUGUCGGCGUUUCUCUUCCCUCCGCCUCCUUCCACGUUCGUCAAUGUGAUGACGGUAGUUAGCACGACGGCGUUGGCUAUGGCUGGCCUUUCCGAGAUCAACGGUAAGCAUUUGCAGUAUUCCAAGUUCUGGAAUGCAAAUGGUGCUUCGAAACUUUCAGCCGAAGAAUCUAAGGUUUCGUCCAAAUACGGAAUGCUUUUGGCUUAUACUCCGGCGUUUCUAGCUGGCGCCGCGUCGUUUUGGCUCUUUCCGAGCGGUGAUGAGAGGGUUUUUCUGCUUAAAUCUGCUCUCACUCUCCAUUUCUUCAAGAGGAUAUUUGAGGUACUGUUUAUUCACAAAUACAGCAGUAAAAUGGUAUUGAAGACAGCAAUUCAAAUCUCCUUAAGCUACUUCAUGUCCACAGCAAUCAUGAUAUACACUCAGCACCUUUCACAAGGGCUUCCAGAGCCACCCAUUGAUCUGAAAAACAUUGGAGUUGGUUCGUUUCUUAUAGGCAUUAUUGGGAAUUUUUACCAUCAUUAUCUCUUGUCACAAACAAGAAAACAAGGAGACACAGCCUACAAAAUUCCCAAAGGAGGCCUCUUCAGCUUUGUCGUUUGCCCUCAUUAUCUGUUUGAAAUAAUUGGGUAUUUUGGAUUUGCAUUCAUUUCUCAGGAGCUUUAUCCUUUGUGCUUCAGCAUUGGCACUGCUGUUUAUUUGGCUGGGAGGAGCUAUGCCACUAGGAAAUGGUACAUCUCCAAAUUUGAAGCUUUCCCCAACAAUGUCAAAGCUCUUCUCCCUUUUGUCUUUUAGACCCUUUUUCUAAAUUACAAAAAAAAAAAAAAUGUAUCAGUUUAGAAAAAGGAGGGGAGAUUUUUCCUUUCCUUACACAAUCAUUGAAUAUUGAACUAAAUAUAUAUGACAAUGGAAAAUUGAUCACUUGAAGUUGAUAGUAUAAAUGUUACAUAAAUUGAACUAUAA